UGGAACAAAGCUCCAAUGUGCUGAGAAAACCCCAGUCUGAUGUGGUGCUAUUUAAAGCCAAUCCCCCUGCCUUUGGGAAGGGAUCACUGGUCAGGUCCUGAUCGCUUCUUGACGAUGAGUUGUGGCUUCGCUGCACUGGGGCUGUGCCCCCUGAGCAGGCAGGCCAGGAUUUGGCCCAGAAGCAGAAAUCGUAGAAUAGCCAUGGCACUGUCUCAGAAAACAGGUGUGUGGGGGAGCAAAUAAUCACAACAGACCCGAGACACUAGGUAAUCGAUCACUUUUUUUUCUCAGCAGGGCUGGUUAGAUAGGGAUGCUUUGAACUCUGUUGCCAGUGCUCACGGGAUCCCCGAUUCACUUCUCUGCUUGCGUGAGAAAGGAGUAUUCCUUCCUCGCGCCCAGAGCCAGACUGGAAGUUUCCUUGCAGUAUUUUUCGAUGUUGUUAUUUCUCUGUUAAACGAUCAAAACGAUGCUUGUUGCUUCCGCAGGGCCACUGCACUGGAGAAAGCAAAUAGCAUCUUUAUGCCAAGGCCAGCGCCGGGACAAUAAAUAACCGCGAUUGUUGGUUUUACACCGCGGCGCUUGAAAGGUUUCCAAGCCCAGGCUCGGCCUGCCCCCGCCCUCUCCUCAGGCCCGAGCAGUGCCAUUUUCUCUCCAAGAAAGGGGCAGAGCUCCGCGGUCCCCCGGGACUCAACCCUCUCCUGCUCCAUGGCUCUCGGCUCCCUGCAACACUACCCCCGCCCCCCCGCCAGGGACCCGAAACCCGCGCGGGGCGCCGGAGCAGGCGGGGGCCGCGGCGCGGUCAGGGGAGGCGCUGGGGGGGGGGGGGCCGGGCCGGGCCGGGCGGCGCGGCGCUGGGCGCAGCCGGGCCCCGCGCCAACUUUGUGCAAGUGCAACUUCGGGCGAGGAGCCGGGGGAGGCGAGCGCGAGGGCGGAUCCCCGCUGCGCCGCCGGCCUGAAAGGGAGCCAAUCGCGCGGGCCGGGCCCCUGCCAAUCAUCCGGCUGCCUCCAAUCCCACCCGUGCCAUUUCCAAACUCUGGUCCCCACUGCGCGGCUCAAAUGUGGUCGAGCGCUCUGCCAAUCGCUGGAGGACAGAGCGGGGAGCGGAUGGCGGAGUUGGGAGCGAGGACAAAAGAAGUUAAAGAGCCGCUUAACACGUACAUGUUGGGGAAGGCGGGCAGAGGGGGGAAAACCCCGCCGCCGAGCCUCCAUGGGCCUGGCUGUGCAGGCAUGGAGCCCCCCUUGAGCAAGAGGACCCCGGCCCUGAGAUUAGCGGAUUUGGCAGCGGCUCAGCCCCAUCCUCAGCAGAGCAUGACAGGCUUCCCGGGUCUGGCGAGCCCCCACGUGCACCCCCACCACCUCCACCCCGCGGACCUGGGCUCUGACCCCGGCGCGGCCCUCACCCCCUUCGGACCCGAGCACUUGGGCCAGGCCGGCGCGCUCAAGCUCAGCCCCUCGCAGCCUCUGCCGCCGCACCCCGAGGCGCAGACCGCCGCCGGCUUCGCCUCGCCCGCAGCGCACAGCGGCCCCGGCUACCCCCCGGCCUACGCCGCCGGCUCCAGCUCCUCCGGCACCAGCGGCUCCGCCCGGGACUUCGGCCUCCGCCGGGACCAGCUGCCCGCGGGCCUGGGCGAGCAGCAUCCCGGGGCCGGCUCGCCGCAGCACCCGGCCCCGCACGCCCCGCACCCCCACGGCGUCUUCAUCUCCUCCGCUGGCACCUACGGCCCCGCCGACGGCGCGCUCUUCCCGCCGGCGCUGCAGGACCAGGCCGCUCCGGCCGGGCCCCCGCACCCGCUCAACGGGCAGAUGCGGCUGGGGCUGGCGGCGGCCGAGCUGUACGGCGGGCCCCGCGCCGAGCACUACGCCCCGGCCGCGCUGCACGGCUACGGCGCCGUCAACUUAAACGUGAGCCUGGCGGCGGCGGCGGCAGCAGCGGCGGCGGCCGCCCACGGGCACCACCACCACCACCACCACCACCAUGGCCACCACCACCCCCCGCACUACCCCGGCGCCGCGGCGGCGGCUGCGGCCGGCGCCUUCCUGCGCUACAUGCGGCAGCCCAUCAAGCAGGAGCUAAUCUGCAAGUGGUUGGAGCCCGAGCAGCCGCCGGGCGCCGGGAAGCCCUGCUCCAAGACCUUCAGCACCAUGCACGAGCUGGUCAACCACGUCACGGUGGAGCACGUCGGCGGGCCCGAGCAGAGCAGCCACGUCUGCUACUGGGAGGAGUGUCCCCGCGAGGGCAAGCCCUUCAAGGCCAAGUACAAGCUCAUCAACCACAUCCGCGUGCACACGGGGGAGAAGCCCUUCCCCUGCCCCUUCCCCGGCUGCGGCAAGGUCUUCGCCCGCUCCGAGAACCUCAAGAUCCACAAGCGCACUCAUACAGGAGAGAAGCCUUUUAAAUGCGAGUUCGAUGGCUGCGACAGGAAGUUUGCCAAUAGUAGUGACAGAAAGAAACACUCCCACGUCCACACCAGUGACAAGCCGUAUUACUGCAAAGUCAGAGGCUGCGAUAAAUCUUACACGCACCCCAGCUCCUUGAGGAAGCACAUGAAGAUCCACUGCAAGUCCCCGCCACCUUCUCCGACUCCCGGAUCUCACGGUUACCAAUCUGCAGGUACCCCGUUAGGUGCCCCGCUCUCCCCUGUCCAGGACUCAGCCAGGGGACGCUCUGCCAAUCUCUCCCCUCAGGUCACCAACCUCAACGAAUGGUACGUCUGUCAGGCCAGUGGGGCUCCUAACAACCUUCACACACCUUCCAGCAAUGUGUCCUCCUCUGAGUCCGAAGAUGACGAGGUUUAUAGGAACUCUGAUACAAGAACUAUCCAUUAAAGCGGGGAGGGGUGGGGGGAAGCAACAGCAAAGUUUCUGACCUGGGAGUACUUGCACGACUCUCCUAAACUGUAGUGACGCAUGGCCUGAAAUAAAUGGAUGGCAUAAGGAUGCCAUCCGGUUUCACUGGCACUAUUUAUUCACUAUAUGAAACCCUAUGGUGUUUGUACGCGGUAACUAAUUUAAUUAAGACACUUGGACCUUUUUAAAAGAAAUAAUAAUAUUCUUAUUAUUAAUAAUAAUCAUAAUUCCCAGCUGGACUCUCUCAGCGAACCAAGUUGCAUGUCUGUAGGUAUGGGGAAGAUGCCAAGGGAGCUCCGUGGACAGCUCGGUUCAUCAAGAUGAUACACUGCCACUGCCAAUGCAGUAGUUCUCUUGCAACAGGGGAAGCGGAAGGGCGUGCGUUGUGCAGGCUGACGGAGCCCUCAGCCACGCCUGGAGUGGCUCUUAAAUCCUUUAGAUCCCAUUCCCGGGGCUUCUUUGUAGUCUGAGUAGGCCCCAAUUCCGCAACGGCCUCUUGAUUGUAAACCAGCACCUGCUCAAUCUCCGACCAAUCGGGGACAAGGUACACCUCCCAAAAAAGGGUUUUUUUUCCUCCUCUUUAGGUUCAAAUCUCUGAUAAUUUUCCUUUCUGUUCUGAGGCGUUGUGUUUCAGCCAAAUCCGAUAUUUUAUACCUAGACUUGUUUCCUUAUCCCUUAGUUUUACACGAUGUGAACACGAUUUAAACAAAAAAACAAAAAACAAAACAAAAAAAGAAAAAAGAAAAAAAAAAAAGAUGCAGCAUUUCUCUUAACAUGUCCUGUCACCAGGAGUCCUGAAACACAACCGGGAAAUAAAAGAAAAACUGCUGCUAUUUGACAACUGCGAUACUGUGAUAUUUUUCUAAAGCACACAAAAUUCAGCUCCUUUUUGUAAAGUUUGUCUAAAAGAGAAGAUCCUGCAUCUUGAUAUGUCCAGACCAUGUGUGUAAUAGCCUGUUGUUAGGUCAAAAUGCUUCGGACUUCAGCGCCAUUAUUCCAUCAAAAUGAGGAGUUGUGACACUGUUGUGAUGUCUACUUUUUGAAUGGUGAUAUUUUAGAAUAAUCAAACUCCUUUUCUACUAUUGUGUAUUCCCGGUUUAAAUUGCUUUAUUUUUUCAACAGCUGAAAUCAUGUUUGUAUUCAUUUUUUCCCAACCAAUGCAAUAUCCAAACGACCACGUGUAGUGUUCAGUUGCAUUGAGAGGAAAACAAUUGUCAUAAAUAUUAAAAUUUUAAAGGUUCAUAGUUAGAGCAAAAAAAUUGAUGAGUGCAUGACCUUUGGCACAGCUGUCAAGCUAUUAAAGAAAAAGGUCAAGGAACUACGACAAUAACUCUUAGUCAAUUUAUUUGCGGUUGGUACGACACAUCUCACAUGCAAAAUGUGAGUCCAUCAUAAACAUCAUACAAAUAAACUAAAGAGCACUAAUUUAUCCUCAGAGACCCUGAAUACGUAAACCGGUAGUCUCCCCUCCCCCAGGGUUUGUAGAAAUUUGUUUUGUGUGCUGUGAAUGGUUGAUGUAGUCUUGUCAUUGUUAAUAACUUGUAUGUGAAUGCUAUUAUUUUGUACAGUUAAAUUAAUUUAUUUUCGGACAUCAUCCUUUUCUGGAAGAGUACAGAACACACCAAAGAAUUAUAUUAUUAAUUUUGGUGAUAGAUUGUUGUUUAUGAUUCCAUGGUUUGUAAAAAAAAGAAAAAAGAAAAAACAAACAAGAACAUUAUAUUUUUCAGCUUACUUGAAUGAACAAUGUAAUGUGAAAACAGACUCUUCCUGCAUGUUUUCUGUGCAGUGUGGUGGUGAUGAUAUAUAUAGUUUAUAGAGAUAUUAUAUUAAUAGUACAGUGCAUGGUGCUGUCACUCUGGAAGCCUUUAAACGUUGUCUUCAUAUUGUUAUGGUGAAUAUAAAGAUACAGACAUUCCUUACAAACAACAAGAAAACUUGAAUAGAAAAUAAUUUUUUAAAGUUUAUUUGAUUUGUUUUUUAUUCAUUUUCAAAGCCCGUUCUAAUAAAUAGAAAAUAAUGAAGUAUUAUUACUUUAUUAUGGACUUUUUAAGGGUAAUUUAUGUGAUGUAAUCUUAAUAGAAAUAUUUUUCUUGCUGAUUUAUAACGAACUGUUUAAUUUAUACAAUUUUCCAACAAUAGAUUGCACUAUACAUUACUACAUGACAGGGUUUUUAAAAUAUGAAAUUAAGGGAUAUAUUACUAUUUUUAUGUACUUUGCCACACAUACGAUCACACACUUGCCCAUAAAUUUUAUGACACAUGAUACCUCCUAAAUAGAAAGCCUUCAUCUUUGUAAACCUGGACCAUAAAAACAAGAAUGGUUAUCAAGCAAAUAAAUAAAAAUAUUCUUCUUAUGUAUUGCAUGUGCUUUACUGAUAGAUGAGAGACAGACAUAAACCAAAUAUACUCAUGCAAAGGAUAGAUAGAUAGAUAGAUAGAUAGAUAGAUAGAUAGAUAGAUAGAUAGAUAGAUAGAUAAUGGUAAAUCAUAGGAUAACGGUGAAGAACAGUAAGACAAAUGGUAGAAUUAUUUUUCCAGAAGAGAGACUAUUUUUUUCUCAGCCCCCACAACGUAAAAAUGUUUCUUCCUUGUUAUUUAGAUUUUAUUUUCAUUAUAUAUAUGGGACGAGCUGAUCUUAUAGAUCUAUAUUUACCGUCCAUUUUUGUUGUCUUUACUUACGUGAGUAGUUUCCAAUUGAAGUCAGCCGGGUUAAUCCUGUGAAUAAAGCAAAAGGAAUUACAGGAUUUGGCUUCUAAUGAUGAAACAAUAAGACAUUCUACUAUUAUACUAUUAUCUUUACAUGCAGAGAUAAGAUAGAUGGAUGGACGGAUAGGUGGGUGGGUGGAUGGAUGGAUAAAUAGAAAGACACUAUGCGGGUACUCCUCCCUUCAAAAUAAUAAUAAUCAAACACAGACAGCUCUAAUCAAUUAAACUAUUAAUAUUUAUUUAGUAAUUUGCAGGGCCUUUCUAUCAUUCUUUUGACACAAAAUGCAUGCAGACAAUGGAAUGAUUCAAUUAUGAUACCAAAGAUAUUUUAGUUUAAAAUUGUACCAGUAAAUUAUUUGAGAAUAUAUAAUUGAUCUCAUAUUGUUAUACAUAAUAUUAAGAGAUCACUAAACGGAAAAAAAAAGUUGUUGGGAGCUGAAAAAAAAUAUAAAGUGUAUAAAAAUAUUCUUUAUAAAAUAUAAAGCAUAUGCAUCUAUAUAUUAAUGAGUUUCUCUUCAAAGAAUGAAAGCACAGUUAAAUCUACUAUAAAUAAUUUUAGAUAAAAUUAAAAUAUCGUUAGAUCAGCAUUAUUGAAGAUUACUCUGUCCCUCCCCCUCCCCCCCCCCUUUUUUUUUUUUUGGUAAAUAAAGCUAGCCCAGGAAUUUCAAA